AUGCCAGCAGUUGAUAUGAAUAGGCCUAGAGAUGAAAUAAAUCUAGCAAAUCUAGCCAUAACAAAGAUUCAAAAAAGUGCAUUGGGCGAGUUGGUGGAUCCUUCUCUUGGUUUUGAGUUAGAUAAUGAGGUGAGGAGGAUGAUUGUUUUAGUGGCAAAGUUAGCUUUUCAGUGUCUACAAAAGGAAAAGGAUUUGAGACCCUCUAUGGAUGAGGUUUUGGAGAUUUUAAGGAGAAUUGAAAGUGGAAAUGAGGAGCUUAAUCAUAUAGAAGAAGUGGAUAUUGAUGGUGCUGUUGAUAUAUCAUAUAGUAGUCCUAUAGAUCUAUCAUCACCACCUUCUCCGAAUUGUGAUGAGACUAGAUUGUUGAAAAGUAUGAAGUCAUUGCCUUCACCUAUAGCUGUGAUCAACAAAUGGCAUGGUGAAUCAACUAUAACUUUUGGAAGUGCUUAA